CUGGUCUCGUUAUAUCGCCUUUGAACUAGUCAGGUCUGAACAAAAUGGCCGCCUUCUGCACGGGAUAAUGCGGUGCUUCAAAACUAUCAUGACAACAUGUCACUUUUGAGACUGUGUGCCUAUUCAGCGGGUUUAACUCGCAGUUUUUCCGUUGACAGGGGUAUAAGAUUUCUAAAUGGCGAUUAUUGCCGUUUGUGUCUUAGAAUACGGAGUAAUGGAGAGAGACAAAUACAAGACAAAACAUGGGUUACAGUUUACCAAAGACACUAUUCAGCCAUCCCCAAGAAGGAAGAUGGGAAGAAAAGAUUCUGGGAACAGUCUCAGUUGUUGGACGUUCUGGAGGCCAGAAUCCAACAGCUGCAAUCUGACGUUGUUGUAGAUGUCAAACGUUCAAAGGUGCAAAUCAUCAAAAUGCAGCAGAGACUAAAGAAAAUCGCACCUGGGAAUAGUCAAAAGAACUUGCCAGGAGAAAAAGCAGAGAUGCUUAAAAGUGGGCCUGCUAAAGCUGCUAAAAAGGGUGUAACUGAAGGUGUCACGCCUUUCAAAACUCACGCAAGUCGCUGGAUGGAGAAACUCAAGCGUGAAAAGUGGAUUAAACCCAAAAACCAAACUUCACAUAAAAUGCACGACAAGUCAGUUGCAGGUAAAAGCAGCAAAGGGAGUUCAAUGAUUCCUGCUACAUCUACAAAGACCAUCACAACGGCUAAGAGGAGUAUGACGAAAACUAAAGUAGAAGCCACUGCGUCUAUCACAACAUCCUCCAAAGGCAAAGAAAACGCUUUGCAAAAAAAGUCUAAACGGAAGGUUUUGAGAGCCUCAGAAAGUUUAGCUGUCAGGUUUACAGGAGUGCAAAAGGUCUCCAGCAGUGAAGUUGGCUUGGUUUCUGGGAUGUCUACUGAAGAGAAACUAGCAGCGGUUACAGAUAACGAGUUGGUUAAUGAAGAGGAGCUCGAUGUAGACCAGCAGAGCUUGACUGCUCCUGAAAAGCUUCUGGAGGAUAAGGAAGGAAACCGUUAUGGAGAUCCUGAGCUCAGAAUUCGCUGUUACUUGGAGGCGUGUGUGUUCAUUGAUGAUGUAUCUCGAGCUCAGAACUGUCUACUAUCUCAUCACCGUCAGUUAUCCAAACGCAAGCAACUGUCUAUCAGCGCCUACAACAUCAUAAUGAGGAUGUGGGCCAAAAAAGGUUCCAUCAAUCACAUUCGUCGCUUGUUUGUUCUGAUUGAAGAAGCAGGUCUGAAACCCAAUGUCACUUCUUACUGUGCUGCUCUGGAGUGCAUGGGCCGCAUAUCUGCAUGUGAAAAAUGGAUGAUUACCAGGUGUCUGCAGCAGAUGGAGGUGGACGGCAUGUCUGUGGAUGAUGUGUUCAGCCAGUGUGUGUUUAAGAAGGAUGAGAGAGAAAUGGUCCUGAGGGCCAUCCAAUUGGCGAAACCCGAAUACCAACCUCUUGUAUCCAAAGACCAGCCUGUCUGUUCCUUGCCAUUGGUGGAACAAUUUUAUGCUGAGAGGGAAGGAGCUACGUAUCCUAAACUGGACUUCAGUCUGAAGGAACUGCGGGACCGGUUCAGUCUUCAGCUGGCAAUGGAGAAGGCCACUACCGUCACUAUUGACUCCGUAGAGGCUUUAAAGCCCGUCACCGAUCACAUGGCCAAAAUGAGAGAAUUACUAGCAACACAGAAGAAACACUGGGAGAAAGCUCUUCUCCAGGCACUGAAGGAAAAGAAACGGAUAUUAUCCAACAACAGCCAGAGGUCCUGGAGUACCUGCAUAUACCCAUACCUGUGUAUCUUGGAUGAUCAGGAUUAUGUGAAUAUCAUGCUUCAGAGUUUAGACAAACUGUCCCCCAGCGGUGAAUCUUUGCUCUUCAUGGCUGAGGAGAUGGGAAACCGAGUCCACAAUCUGUACUGCAUCCGGCAGAAGAGCCACAGUCAGAUGAUUGAGAAGCUUGGGAGUAUCUACAGCUCAUAUGCUGAACUCCUGGCGAACGACACCAAGACCAAUGGCAUGCUGCCGCGGGAGUGCUGGGCGAGUCUUGAGAUGGAGAAGUGCAGCGGACCAUCUCUUUUAAGUGAUGACACCCCUUGGCCGCUAGUCCUGAUGGUGCAGCUGGGCAGCUUCCUGGUUGACCUGAUGGUUCAUGAGCUCAAAGUUCGAAGCAACAUCCUCAAUCCCACUCAAGAGAAGAAGCUCAUUCCCGUCCUAUACCACAUGUACACGUUCCGCAGCAAUCAUAAGAUCGGCUUCAUCAAACCUCAUCCUGUUGUGACACAAAUCCAGAGGGUUGCGAUGGAAACCAAACUUACAUUUGAUUCCUUUGUCAUGCCCAUGUUGUGUCCGCCCGUUCCUUGGACGUCCCCGAAGAGCGGUGCGUACCUGCUGACUCCCACCAAGUUGAUGCGUGCCACCGACGGAGCCAUCCAACACCAACUUCUCCUGGAGAAGAGCCGAGAUGAAGAUCUCCAUGCUGUGCUGGACUCCCUCAAUCAGGUGGGCAACUGUCCCUGGAAGAUCAACAAGCCCCUGUUGGACAUCAUCAUCUCGAUAUUCAAUGACAAAGGCAGUGACAAGCUAUGCGUCCCUCCACCGCUGUCGGAAGCACCUGAGAUUCCUCGCUUCAAUCCUCAUGACCCAUCCUACACUCAGAUUGAGAAGGCCUACAUGAAGCGGCAGGGUGUCAAAGCCAAGAAGAAAGUGGCAGAGAUGCACAGUCUCCGAAUGGACGCACUGUAUAAGCUGUCCAUCGCCAACCACAUGAGGGACGAGAUCUUUUGGUUUCCCCAUAAUAUGGACUUCCGAGGUCGUACGUACCCCCGUCCGCCUUAUUUUAACCACCUUGGCAGUGACGUGACCAGGGCCUUACUGGUGUUUGCCGAGGGACGACCUCUCGGUCCCAAAGGCCUUGACUGGUUGAAGAUCCACCUGGUGAACCUCACGGGGUUGAAGAAGCGUAGCUCACUAGCUGGAAGAUUGGAGUAUGCUGAGAGCAUCAUGGAGGACAUCCUAGACUCGGCAGACCAUCCUCUUGAUGGUCGCAAAUGGUGGAUGAAUGCAGAUGAGCCGUGGCAGGCACUGGGUUGCUGUAUGGAGAUUGCAAAUGCCUCACGCUCACCCGACCACACCAAAUUCAUCUCCUAUUACCCUGUACACCAGGACGGCUCAUGCAACGGCCUCCAGCACUAUGCUGCCCUCGGGCGGGAUGUAAUUGGUGCUACUUCGGUGAACCUCAUGCCCUGUGAACUGCCUCAGGAUGUCUACAGUGGUGUAGCUCAGCAGGUGGAAGAGUUCAGGGCUCGGGAUGCAGAGAAGGGUUUGAAGAUCGCACAGGUGCUGGAGGGCUUCAUCAGCAGGAAGGUGGUGAAGCAGACAGUGAUGACCGUGGUCUAUGGCGUCACUCGCUACGGGGGUCGUCUGCAAAUCGAAAAGCGACUGAAGGAAAUCGAUGAUUUCCCUAAGGAUUACAUAUGGGAUGCUUCACAUUACCUGGUGGUUCAGGUUUUCAACAGCUUGAAGGAAAUGUUUACUGGGACGAGGGAGAUUCAGGAAUGGCUGACGGAGAGCGCUAGGCUAAUAGCUAAGUCUGGGAGAACAGUGGAGUGGGUGACACCGCUGGGACUUCCUAUCGUUCAGCCCUACCACAGAAUUAAGAACCAAACGCUCAAGAGCAGCAUACAGAAUCUGAGCAUCAAUAUAAGCCAUGAUGCCAAUGAGAAACCAGACAGCAUGAAGCAGAAAAACGCCUUCCCUCCUAAUUUCAUCCACUCUCUGGACUCCACGCACAUGAUGCUGACAUCACUGCAUUGUUACAGGGCCGGUCUCACGUUUGUGUCUGUCCAUGACUGUUAUUGGACCCAUGCUCUGACGGUGGACACCAUGAACAGGGUGUGUCGUGAGCAGUUCGUGGCUCUGCAUAGUCAGCCCAUUCUAGAGGAGCUGUCCGGGUUUCUUCUGCAGAAAUAUUGCAGCAGGCCUCCGGUUGUAUCCAAGCCAAAGAAGAUUCAAGAAUACUAUAAGAUGGUGCAGCUUUUGUCCAGCGUUCCUCAAACAGGUGAUUUCAACCUGGAAAAGGUGAAAGAAUCAGUGUAUUUCUUCAGCUGAAGAGCGUAUCGUGAGCUGACGGACAGCUUUUAUCAGGAGGCUGAGAGCCCUCCACAGACCUCAUCAAAACAGACUGCUGCUUUUUACUACAUUGAAAGAGUGCAUGACUGAGGCUGGAUUGGUUGAUCUGGUAGUGUGCGUGAGUGAGUGAGUGUGUGCGUCUGUCUUGUCAUAUUAUCAUAAAGACAUCACUUAAGCACUGAAGCAGAGUUCUGACGGAGGUAAACAGCAGGAGUCGCCCUUGUGUGCGGUUACGAGAGCGUGGAAGCGUAUACGUGAUCUCCUCUUGGUAUGGAGCAGGAACGCACUCUCGGCAGGGCUCUGAUCCGCUCCUUCACUCCUGAGUGCUAACGCGGAGCUGAUUAACCACAGAUUCUGGCUCUCAUCGAUUUCAAGGCAGCCCCGUCUGAAAGGCCCUCUCUGACAUUUCCACUUGGACAUGAUUUACUCCCAGCAUCCCCCCACAGCUGGCGGCUCUCACAUUCAAAGACAAUGAAAAAAAAAAUGAGAGGAUAUUUAUGAUAAUGGAUCAGAGCACCUUUAGGACAACUUUGGAUGAUGUUUGACCUUGUGGUGUCUUUUUUUUUUUUUCAAAGCACUUAAAUGACUGUGUUUUAUGAACAAAGACAUUUUUAUUCGUUGGGCGCUUAUUGGAGAAUUUACACAUGGCAUUCAGUGAGAAAUAAAGUCAAUAUUUUUGCACUCUG